AUGCAGUCUGCUGCAGGUCUGGAUGAUAGUUUAGUCAAAAGUAGAAUUCUCAAUACAUUCAGCAGCUUCAUAAGCUACCAGGUUUUGGGAGCUCAAUCUCCAACAGACUCAGAUUUCAUGGUAUUCGCGAAAUUCGUAUGUAAAUUUGUUUGGGUUAUACUUCCAACGGCCAUAGCGGGGGACGGGCAUGUGACGAUGAUGAUUCAGCAGCCCGACGUCACAUGCCACCAACCUCAGCACCUUUCGACAGUCUCCUCGACUGCAAGGAAAGAGGCUGUGGGUGAUUUCGAUUGCAUUCAAUCUAAUUCACCUCAGCCCUUCAUGAGCAGCUUCAUUACAUCACUUCUCACUGAGCUCGGGUUCCGAACACGCCUUCCCCGCACCCUCCAGCCUCGACCCGAAGCGGAGGCCUCGCCGAACGGACAGACAUACCCGACCUCAAACCACAACGUCGAUUCCACGAGUCGUGAGAUUAGCAAAGAUUCUAGGGUAAUAGAGCGGAGCAGUGGAGAUGCAGGCAAUUUACCUGCGCCUCCCUUCUUUGCAACCUUACCGAAAGAGAUGGAUGGCCGAAUCCCAGAGCCGGAGGGCAGUCGACUAGCGCCUCAUCAUGGUCGAAUUACCGACAACCAACCCAUACCGGUGACCAACACCCACCCAAAUGGCCCUAUCACCCACAAUGUUAGUGACGUGCUUUCAGCAACCAGGGAGGGCCAAAGACCCGAGCAGGGUGGGACAUCAGGGCAACAGGCGCCGCCAUUGGGCACAGAUCAGGACGGCAGCGGGCAAUCACAAAUCGGUGCACUGAAUAUUGAUGAACUCGGCCAAACUUCAUUGCCAGCGGAUGAUGGAAUGGGUUGGUUAAGGAAGAAGAUCCACACUAUCCGAGAUCUGGACCUCAACAAUAACGAAAAGGCCCGUAUGGUCCACGAGUUGAUGACAGAGAGCUACAACUCUACUCGAACCUUACCACCAGUCUCUCCCUCAAUGCUUUCUCCAAUGCUGAGCUCCCCGGGUAUAAGCCAUUCCGUUGGUUCUCCCGCUUCGGAGGUGAGACAGCUUUCAGAUCCAACACCGACGAGCCUCAAAUCUCCAGCGUCGAUUCCCCAUUAUGAGACUCAGUUCUCGCUUACCCCCGAUGACUUACAACCAACAUAUGUUCCAAAAGUUGAACCCGAAUCAGUGGCUGAAGCUGUUGAAGCCGUUGAUGCUGCGGAUGACGAUCCAGAUACGGAAGAGUGCGACGAAGCGAUUUUAGGCUGCCAGCACUAUCAUCGAAAUGUCAAGUUGCAGUGCCAUACUUGCAAAAAAUGGUACACUUGCCGAUUCUGUCAUGAUGCUGUCGAAGAUCAUCCUCUCAUUCGCCGAGACACUGAGAAUAUGCUCUGUAUGCUGUGCGGACAUCCUCAACCUGCGGCACAGAACUGCAGACAGUGUGAUGAGCAGACUGCCCAAUACUACUGCGAUAUCUGUAAGCUCUGGGACAAUGAUAGCAAUAAAAGCAUAUACCACUGCCACGAUUGUGGGAUUUGUCGAAUUGGCCAGGGACUUGGCAAAGAUUUCUUCCACUGCAAGACAUGUUCCGUUUGCUUGCCCAUAUCAAUCGAAGACACUCAUCGAUGCAUUGAAAGAUCAACCCAGUGCGAUUGUCCCAUUUGCGGAGAUUACAUGUUCACCUCUCCAGAAACUGUCGUCGUGAUGCGAUGUGGCCAUAGUCUUCAUCAUAAGUGUCUCUCAGAGUAUUCAAAGACAUCAUUCCGCUGUCCAAUCUGCAGCAAGACUAUAACGAACAUGGAGUCGACCUUUAGAAAUCUCGAUCGCACGAUCGAGAGCCAGCCAAUGCCCGCUGAAUUUAAAGACACGAAAGGUCUCAUUUAUUGCAAUGAUUGUGGGGCCAAAUCUGUCGUCAAGUACCAUUGGUUGGGCUUGAAAUGUGACUUAUGUGAAUCAUAUAAUACCGCUCAACUCCAGGUUCUGCAAGGAGGAGACAUUAAUGAAGUGCUCGAGGAGGAAGGCGUUGGAGAAAUUGCAUCUCGACCACGCUCAGCAUCUCUAAAUCCGGACGGCGAACCUGCGACCUCAUUGGCAGCAUUGCAUCUUACCACAAAUCCUGCUUCUUCACGCUUGAGCGUUCCGGUAUCUUCCGGCACCGGCGACGACAGGCGAUCUGUUUCUUAUAAUAUGACUCAUGGGCGUGCCAUAUCACCAGUGGUUAGCAACUACUUUGGUUUACCCACCGAGCGUGAGUCGGAGAAGCCGUCGUCGUUGCCUUUCUUCGGUGGCGCAUCCCGCACUGAAGGUGAGACGGAGUACGGUGCAUUGAACUUUUUGAGCAAGAAGCUUCGCGAUCGAUAUGGAUUCCUCGCAGGUGAUGUGACAACCGCCGAGGCCACCUCAUCAACAGCUGAUGAGGAGGAGGAUGAUGAUGACGACGAAGAAGAUUACGAUGGGGAAUCCUCAGACAGUUCUUCAGACACAGACGAGGAAGAUAAUGAAGAGGAUGACGAUGACGACAAAGGGGAAUAUAUCGACCUUUUUGGCCAUCGAUGA